GAUACUCGGAGCAGCAGAGAUGAGUGUGAUGUUCCGCUGAAAGCUGCUUAGUCGAGCGUUUGACGCGUCCUUGCGCGACGCGAGCUGUUGGAUGUUAAUUAUCGGCAUGGACCGUAAGUAAAAGCGUCCAGUGGUCAGUAAAUGUCAGUAAUGGAGGUGAGCUCGGGCUGCCCGUCUCCUAAAGAGGAGGGCGAGCUGGAGGACGGGGAAAUCUUCGACGACGAGCCGCAGCGGCAGCGGCAGAACGCGCGGCCUCCGCGCCGCGCCCGCCCCAGGAGAGCGCGUCUACCGGGCCCCGCGCUCAACAGCAGCGCCCCGGGGCCGCUGAGAGCGCUCCACCCGCCCUUCCCCUGCGGCCCCCGGCAGCCGCUCGACGCCGCGCCGCGAUCCGGCUUCUGGGAGCGCAGCCACGGCGCGCUGGGCCGCUUCAGAUACCGCGGAGCGUCAGACUGGACGCGGGGCUGGACCGACGGGCGAUUCACGGAGAAUCACGGCUGCAGGAUCGAGUCGCCCAGCUGGAAACAGAAAGCGGGCGGGCGAUGUCAGGCGCGGCGGCCGGUGAACAGCGCUCCUAAAGCCGAGAGCGUGGACGAGAGCUUCGAGGAUCUGCUGCUGAAGUACAAACAGAUCCAGCUGGAGCUGGAGUGCAUCCGCAAGGAGGAGCGCAUCGCCCUGAAGCAGGAGGAGCAGCCGGCCCCGGCCCCGGCCCUGGCCCCGGAGGAGGAGAAGAGAGCCUUCCAGGCGUUCAACCUCAGGCCGCUCCGACAGAAGCUGCUGACGCCGGCCGAAAGAGACGCCCUCAACAGCAGAAGCGCUCCGGAGACCCCAGACGACGGCGGGCCGGAGAAGAGCAGUCUGGAGCACGCUGUGAAGGACGAGGAGCUGGAGUCAGACCUCAACAUCUCUGCUGUGAGUGACCAGACCCCCGUCGUCCACGCCAAGAGGGAGGACGAGGACGAUCUGUCGGAGCUGCAGCUGCGUCUCUUGGCUCUGCAGUCGGCCAGCAGGAGGUGGCAGCAGAAGGAGCAGCAGGUGCUGCAGGAGAGCAAGGAGAAGAUCACCAAACCCGUCAAAGUGUCUCAGGACAAGAUCGAGUCUCCGUGUGACCGGAGCAAGAUGAGCGGCAGAGCGAACGCGGUGUGCAGGUCGCAGGAGAGGGCGAGAGCCGCCAGAGCCAAGAAACCGGCCCACCUGACCAAGCAGGCCUGGAGGAAGCAGCAGCUGCGCACCUGGAAGCUGCAGCAGCAGAGACAGCAGGAGGAGCAGCGGAGCAAGCAGGAGGAAGAGGAGGAGCGGAGGAAGAGGGAGGACGAGAUACGCAAGAUCAGAGACCUGUCCAAUCAGGACGAGCAGUACAACCGCUUCAUGAAGCUGGUGGGCUCCAAGCAUCGCUCCCGCAGCAAGUCUUCAGACGCCGAGCAGAGGAAGCUGGCCAAGCAGAGUCUGGACACCUCGGGAAACCUCUACCAGUACGAUAACUACGACGAGGUGGCUAUGGACACGGACAGCGAGACCAACUCUCCAGCCCCGUCCCCGACGCACGACGCUCUGCCCGUGUUUCCUCUGGAGUCCACACCUCACAGACAGUGUGUCCUGCAGCAGAUGGAGCUUGUGCGGCUGACCCCUCCUCCUCUGCCUCCGCUGCCGCCCCCCGAUGAAGCGGAGCAGCCGCCGAAGCCACCGUUUGCUGACGAGGAGGAGGAAGAGGAGAUGCUGCUGAGAGAAGAGCUGCUCAAGUCCCUGGCCAACAAACGAGCCGUCAGACCAGAGGAUGCGUCCGGCAGCAGCGGGCCGCCGUCUCCUGCGCUCAGACCCGCGGCUCAGCCCAACACUCGGAGCAACCUCGCGGCCGUCAGCCUCAACACCGUCAUCUCUCACCCUCGAGCGCUCCAGUUCAUCCGGCCGCAGCCGGCGCCCAGAGCCCCGUUCCUGCUGCCUCGACACAAGUCUGUGGUGGUGCGUCUGAACGCGUCUGACGACAGCGACUCUGACGCCGAGAGCUGCAGCCCCGCUCAGAGCGUGUUUGGAGGACUGGAGUCCAUGAUCAAAGAAGCUCGCAGGACAGUAGAGGCAGCCAAACCGAAGCAUUCAGUGUCAGAGAAGGAGAACAACCCAGUGAAGAGUGCAGAAGCAGUUCCUGAUGCCAAGAAGAUGGAGUACCGGCUGCUCCGAGACGACAUGGCCAGUCUGGAGAGGCAGCGGUCAGGCCGGCUGGAGUUGGUGGUGGGCAUCCCGUCUCCCGCGGGCUCGGACUCUGAGCUGGACGUCCUGGGAAGAGCAGCAGAUCUGCAGGAGAGGUUUAAUCAGCACAAGGCGCAGCUGUGUAAAGACGAGGCUCUGCUGAAGCAGCUCCAGCAGCAGGAGGUGAAGAAGAAGGAGUCUCUGAAAGCAGCCGAGGGGAAGGUGAUGCGACUCAAAGAGCAGCUGCUGGCGUCAGAGAAGAUCGUGAGCGCCAACAGAGUCCUGCUGAAGAAGCUGCAGGAGCAGGUUCAGAGAGUCCAGCACCGCGUGAGCGUGAAGAAGCAGCAGUCUGUGAGGCUGGAGAGAGAUCUGGCUCAGGCGCUCAAACGCAGCGCAUCCGCCGCCGUCUACUCCCCGGUGAAGGUUCGGCGCGUGGAUCGUUCGGACGCUCAUUACGCGGAGCUCAUCGCUCAGAAGCAGCGCCUGCAGCAGCUGGAGUCUGAAUACGCUCUGAAGAUCCAGAAGCUGAAGGAGGCGCAGGCGUUACGGCAAGCUGAGCCGCAGCCCUCGCUGCACGACCUGACCCAGGACAAGCUGGCGCUCGGAGAGGACGCGGAGGCCGAGGAGGACGAGCAGAUCCCCGCCGCGCUGACCCCCAGCCACCGCCGCCGCUCCUUCCGAGAGUCCGGCACCUUCACCAAACCCAAGCUGUGCCACCUGGAGACGGCCGCGGCCACACCGGUCAAGCAGGCCAGAGCGUCCAGCGGCGGGGGGCUGCCGGAGCUGCUGCUGGGGCUGAACGCGGAGGACCUGCGGCUGAGGUACCAGCUGUGCGCCGGGCUCCCCGAGCUCCUGCAGGAGGAGACGCUCUCGCUGCGCACCGCCGCUCUCGCCAAGGUCGUGCAGGUGGACUUUGAUCCGAUGGCAGCUCCUCAGAGCCGAACCGAGCCAAAACCAGAACCGUUUGGACCGUAUCACAGCCCUUUACUGGUCUUCAAAUCAUACAGGUUCAGCCCGUAUUACCGGACCAAAGAGAAGCUUUCCCUCCGCUCGGUCACCUACAGCAACGCCAUCGAGCCAAAGAAGUGCUUCUGCCGCUUCGACCUGACCGGCACGUGCAACGACGACGACUGCGCAUGGCUGCACAUGAGGGACUGCAGCCUCAGCGAGAGACAGCUGUUUGAGGAUAUCCUGUCCUACAGCCUGCCUCUGAUUGGCUGCUCGGACUCCAGCAGCAGCGGGGACAUCAGCAGUGCCACAGAGACGUACAUGAAGAAGCUGCUGGGGCCCAACAAGGACCGGAUGGGGACGGACCAGAAGGCCGUGCUGCUCGUGAGCAAAGUCAACGAGAGACUGAGACACAUUCCUCCCUUCACCACCGGUAAACCCCAGAGGAAGCGCAGACCGGAGGCUCAGAGGGGGAAGACGCAGGCUCCGGAGGACGAGGAGCCGAACACUGUGAACCUCUCCGCUCCCGUCCGUCACGCAGACGGCCGCCUCCAGGAGCGCUGGUCCUCGACUGACGUCUGUGUCACGCAGGACGACAAGCGGUACUUCGACAGCGAGACGGACGACAUCAGUAACCUGGAGACCAGCGUGCUGGAGAGCCCCAAACACGUGCAGCUGUGGAUCAAGCUGGCCUUCAAAUACCUCAACCAGAGGGACACCUCUGUGCCGGAGUGUCUGGACGCGGCGCUCAACACGCUGUCCCGUGCGCUGGAGGACAACCGCGAGGACGGCGAGGUGUGGGGCCACUACCUGAGGCUGUUCUCACGCCGCGGCAGCAGAGACGAGCUGCAGGAGAUGUGUGAGAUGGCCGUGGAGCACGCACCGCUCUACCACGUCUGGUGGACCUACCUGAGCGUGGAGAGCGGCUUCGAGGGCAAGGAUUACGUGUGCACUCGUCUGAUCUCUCACCUGCUGGAGGCGACCUCUGACCUCAGGCCAGACGAGCGCUCCUUCCAGCUGCUGGAGGCGCUGCUGUUCAGAGUCCAGCUCGCCGUGUUCACGGGCCGCCAGCACAGCGCUCUCAACACACUCCAGAGUGCGCUGCAGCCGGGCUCUAAGUCGAGUGUGGUGGAUCAUCUGACUGUGGAGCACCGCUGUCUGCUGUGGCUGUCAUAUAUCCACCUGACUGAGUUCAGACGCCUGCCGUCAAGCCUGUACGACCCGGCCAACUCCAACCCCUCCAGGAUGGUGUGCACGGAGCCCUUCCUCAUCCCCUGGAGAGCGGCCCGAGACCUCCACACACCCGCCGACUCCAUCAUCAGCCUGUUCACAGAUGCCGUGUGUCGCUGCAGGGAUGAGCGCUUGUCUUCCAGCGAGCAGAUCCAGGCCUGUUUCCCUCUUCAUUCGAACCUGAUUCGCCUGUACAGGACGCUGGACAGGUGUCAGGAAGCGGCUGCGCUGUGUGAGCGUCUGCUGGAGGUGUGUCCGCUCUACUGCCCCCUGCUGGAGAUCACCGCCUCGGGACACACGGAUCAAGCCGAGGAGCUGUGGAGACGCGCUCACUCUGACAGCGCCGGCAGCGCUCGCGUCUUCCUCCAGCUGAGCAAGAGCCUGCUGUCUCAGGGCAAACACGGAGAUGUGGAAGAGCUCUUCGACAAGUUCAUGCGCUCCUUCUGUGAAUCUGCAGCAGAUCAGCCGAAGUCUCUGGAUGUGUUACGCCAUAUUCUCGGUGUUCCGACUCAAGACUUGCUGAGAGUUACAGCCCUCAGAGACGAUCUUCAGGACGAGAUCAGAGCUCAGCUGCCAUACCUGCAUCUGCUGCACUGUUUCUGGCAGUCUAAUUAUGGCAGUGUGAGAGACGCCAUUGAUGCCUUUGAGAAAGCUUUGGGAACUAUUACAAAGCUGGAGUUGAUUCACACUCUCUGGCUCGACUACCUGUCCUUCGCCAGCAGUAAGAUGUUGUCGCCGCAGCCGAGCGUGCGCGAGCUGAAGAUGUUUACGGGUCUGGUGCACCGCUGUCUGGAGACCGUGCCCAGCAGACUCACCCUGCCCUUCAGCUCCUCACAAUACUGGAGCAGCUUCAGCUUCCACAACGAGGUCAUAUCCUUCUAUUUGGGUUGUUUCCCUCAAUCCCAACAUUCCCUUAUCCUGGAAAGACUUCAGCAUAUCAUGCCAACCAAUACUGAACUGGCCAUAAGGUUGCUGCAGCAAGAAUGGCAGGAUGGCAAUGUUGAACAUUUUAAAUUGCAAAGCAGAAUGUUGUGCAGUAGCAUCCCAGCCUGUCUGGCCAUCUGGAAAAUAGCUAUUGCUGUUGAGAAGGAGCAAAGGCAAAGAGCAGAGGUGCGGCGGCUCUAUCAGCAGGCGCUCCAGAAUCUGCCGCUGUCUGCUGCUCUCUGGAAAGAUUGUUUGCUCUUCGAGGCGGCUGAAGGAGGUAAAACUGACACACUGAAAAAAAUAAUUGACAAGUGCCAAGAGGUGGGAGUGAGUCUAAAUGAGCCGCUAGGGUUAGAGCCGAGCCAGAGCGAGUGACACGAGCAGCACAUUCCCAGAACAAGAGUACAGAGCUCCACACACACACACACACACACACACACACACACGGCUUAGCUUAGACCCGCCGCCACAUCUCAGUAUUACGAGCAGAAAGCCAGCGAAGACACUAUGAGCUCCUCAUAAUCCAGUAUGUGGGCCUCUUUUAUCAUCAUGUACGUAAGUAUGAAUUUGUUGAUGAUGCCUGUUGCUUCCUCGUUGUUUUUGAUUUGCGUGUUCCGCUUCUACACUAACACUUUUAAUUUGAUUUUGAUUUUUCUUGAACGUCGCGUCAUAGUUGUUGACGGACUGUGACCGGUUUUUAAGGUGGCUUGCUUCCUUCCUCUAAAUAUACUUCAGUUUGUUUUGUUUCUCAUGGUGUCUCGACCAUGUCUCGCGAAGAACGACAUUAACUCCGCUCGAGAGUUUAAGGGCUCAGAACCAAGGUUUUUUGGUUUUUGUUUUUUUCUUUUUUUUCCUGCUCCCCCUCCAACCAUGGAUUGAAUGGCUGUUGUUGGAAGUAUUGUGUUUGGCUCACCGGUGUCAGAGUAUUGAUGGAAACAGACUGCCAAACCUCGCCGACACUCACCAUGUCUGUAGUCAUGGACUGCGCCAAAAGACAUCAUUAAACUGUUCAUGUAAUAUUGUUUUUUCAUCAGUUACAAAAGAAAUCCAUGUGUGUAUGUGUUGUGUGUGUGUGUGUGUGUGUGUGUGUGUAUAUGCACACACACACACGCAUGUAGAUUAACGUAUUCUGCAGGAAUGAUAAUCUUGCACCUGUUUUUGCUUUCAAUUUAUAAUUGAACAAUGUUUCUAUUAAAUUAUUUUGUACAGAAA